AAACACGCGAAAAAUGCAACAACAAAACGAGAGCAUAGAAAAAACUCCAAGAAUUUUUUACUGCGUGGCACGCGAUAGCAAAGCGCAGUCAAGAGCAAGGAUAUUCAUGAAAGAAGCAGCAGAAAAGCGUCGCGUCUGCUUGUGCCGGGCAGAGGAGAAGGCAGCUGGACUUAGACUGGAAUCGUCAUGGGGAGGGAAGCCAAACAAGGGGGGAGUGGGCGAGGAGCUGAAGCUGGGGCAGGACUCGCGUCUCGUUUCCGUUCAUGUGGCAGCAGACAGAGACGGUUUGGGUUUUGGUCAGUUGCCGACUGAAGUUCGAGUCGAGUGAAAGUGCAGCAGUGUGGGACAGCAGCCGCCCAAGCAGCUUUGAAACAGGAGUUGGAGUCCUUUGAGCAGAGCCGCAGCAGCGCUGGAAUGAGCUGUCAUGAAGCUGGUUCGCUGCUUGGUCAAGGUCCUUGCACUUGGCGCACACUUUUGACCGAGCCUACGCACAGCA